AUGAUGAGCUACAUGAUCACCACUGAUCCAACUUUCCUGGCUGUCAUGGAUAAUGAGAAGGACAUGACAAUCCAGGUCUUAACAUGGCACUUCCUGCAUGGCACCGGAUGCAUAGAUGCUAUUCAGCCCUCGCUGACAAUGGUGGAGCUAAUUCGCCCCAAGGACCCACACCUAAUCGUAUACAGAUCUACCAAUCCCACUCCCCCUUCGUUCAUGUCCAAUAUGAUCCAAGGUGCAUCAUCUCCAGAGAAACUGCUGAGCGGCAUGACAUCUCUCCUGGUGCAUUUCGAUGGGGGCGACACCCCGAUGCUGGUAGACAUCCUCAGCCAAGUUCAUGACCUCGCAUGCAUGCAGAAUUUGGACAUCGUUCGCGCGUUCUGUAAGCACCAGGCAAUCUGGGAUGCCCUCUUCGCGCUCCUGCACCGUGCGGCCAAUGGGAAAGAUUCACCUGGGAACUUGUUCACUGGCGCAAGAUGA